UGGGUUUCACGCAAGCCUAGUAAAAAAUCCUAGAAUAUAUUCAUUUGCGGAAGAAAUUGGAAAAUUAGAUCGUCUAUAGUAACCAAGGGUAAUGAAUGUCACAAUACUCUGUGCAAGAACUACUUAUACAGUAACCCAUGGUGAAUAGAAGGCCGGUGUCAGGUGAGCAGGCUUCAGGCAGCCGACAUGCCUUGAAAGCCUCCCAUGGAAGCCGUAGUUCGUAGGUCAAUCUUUCAUGCAAGUCCCUGCAAGUCCUAGCAAAAUUUGAACGGAAUUUUAAAAUCUUUUUUACAUUACCGAAGCCUCAUAUGGUACAUUUUCAGAAAAUAUAAUACCCAGUUUUUCAUGUUUUAAUGUACUCACCAGGACAGUUUCUCGAAAACAGAACUCUUACGUUGUACAUCUACAGCAGGGGUAUGUCGGGCAAUCGUUUCCAUUCCAUUAGAAUGUUGUCCUUGUCCUUGCGUUGUCCUUGCGUAGACUCCCCCAUAGUGGGCGAGCGAUUCCCGAGUGAAAAUAAUCACGGAAUGGAAAAAUAGAGUCAAAAUAGAGUCAUUUUGAUUCUUAAGAAGGCACACUACACGGAACUUAUUCACAAUCAGAAACCAGAUGUUUGUUCAGAAUUCAGUAGUUUGGGUGCUCCAAAAACGCCAAAACGUAUAAGAUUUUUCGGAGUUGGGUAAGUAUACUUAAUUUGUAUUUGCCGAACUUUCCGAGCUCGGCAAAUUGUGAGAAUUGCCGCACACCCCUGAUCUACAGUAUUCUAGAACUACAAUUUACGGAAAUUACAACUAACACCUUCCCUGGUGUUCCACCAUACCCUCCAUCAUGUCCUGAGAACCUCUGCAAUACAUCUUCCCGAACCAUCAACUAGGCCCUCGGUGCCUAAAAAUGUUGUAGGCACAUUCCCCCCGCACACACAUUGCUUCGUAUAUAAAAAUGAUAUGAAUCACCGUCUCCUCAUUCUUUUUGUAUUGUUUCCCAAUUCUCACCACCCCUCGAUUGGAUUUCUGUAUAAAACAGUGACACAUCGGAACGUUUCUGUUUAUUGAAUUUUUCGUCAUUUUUCUUUUUCCAAAUGUCUCAACAACGGCUUAUGGAUGAGGUUCAUGACGUUUUUCACUUUCACGACACCCUUGGCGAUGGAAAAAUUGAUUCCAAGCAGCUUCCCACAGCUCUCCGUGCCAUGAUGCUCAACCCUACCGAGGCUCUUCUAGCCGAAGUGAGCAAGGCAAGAACUUCCGGAGCACGCAUCACAGUUGAAGAGUUUAUUCCUAUCUACAAAAAGGUUGAAGCUGCCUGCGGGCGAAGCACUACACUCAAGGAGUUUCAGACGCUUCUAUCGCACUUCGACCGCGAGGGAAACGGACAAAUAAUGCUCAUGGAGCUUAAGAGCAUGCUCCAAAACGGCGGGGAGAAGAUGACGAAUCAGGAGGUGGACAAUUUGCUGUUCGGCGUGGAAGUCGUCGACGGACGAAUCAAUAUCAACAACUUCCUCAACAGGCAUCUUCAGAUGGGGCUUGAGGAGUCUGAGAAAUGAUUUUUUGCUGAUGAUGUGAUGUAAUGCGGCCUUUCCAAAAUUAUCGUGCUAAAACUAUAAUAUUGCCUGUCCUUGUGAAUAGUAAAACACAAUCUGAAAUGUGAUUUGAAUAAAAAGUUAAACUACUG